ACCCUACCGCGUCGCGAUCAAAGUCUGCUUAUAUCAACUACAUCUUUCAGAUGCUGCGCAUCGUAAGCUGUUUAAUCCGAACCUCUUAUCUCUCUUGAUUGUUUUACAAUGGAUCCUCAUAUUGCCACCACCUACCUACAAGCUUUCCCAUGUCAUUCAUCAGAAUCUACUGAACCUGAUUUUUUCAGUCAAGUUCCUGAAGCAAUGCUCCGAUUUUCUUACAAUCAUCUGGAGGCAGGCUUUCCGAGUGUUUCCAACCCUAGCGGUUAUCACUUUGAGAUGCAUGAAUCCAGUCAGCAAACUGUACACAGCGAAGAGCAGUUUCCCGCUCUAUCGCCGCCUCUGCGAGACCGGGAAGACUUCACCAGAACUCAACAACAUCCGAGAAAAAGGCGCGGAAGGCCGAGAUUAGAUGACAACACUACAAAUUCCGAAGAACGCCGACGCACUCAAAUCCGACUUGCUCAGCGAAAGUAUCGAGGCAACAAAGAAAGCUCAUACGAAAGAUCGCAGGCCACAGUCACAAGACUAGAAAAUAAACUAAGAAAGCUGAAAAAUCACUGGAUCGUCUUGAAAAACAUACCAGCAGUCAGAAGCAUCUUGGAAGAAUACCCCGAAGAGACAGGACAAGUUGAUUUCCUGUUCACACAAUCAUCAGAGGAUCAUGACUCGAGUGCAAGGGCGGAAGACGAUCAGACAGAUACUGUGCAUCAGGGUCAUUAUCCGGAGUGCAGGAACUCGAAGGCAUUGUGCAAUGUUGUGGGCGAUAUUUAAGUAGAACUCGGUGUCAAAUUGUCACUGACAAAAGGAUAGUGACCCUACUCAUCCCUUUGCACGCAACUUCCACGUGAAAUGAAUGUACUGAUUAGAAACUGGGGGUAGAUGGUUAUCUGAGAACCC